UGGACUGCGGCUCCUCUGCGCGUCGCGCUGCGCCUGAGGUCGCUGUUCUCAGCCUCGCCGCUCCUUCCUCUCUUUCGAUUUCGGACUGAAAAUGGAGACGCACUACACGGACUCACAAGUCAAAGGAGUCAGCACAGGGACCACCAUCCUGGCCGCCACUUUUGAUGGAGGGGUCGUGAUUGGGUCUGAUUCCAGGGCUUCUAUGGGAGGAGAAUAUGUGUCCUGUAAGACCAUCAACAAGGUGAUUCAGGUUCACGACCGGAUCUUCUGCUGCAUGGCUGGAUCACUGGCAGACGCACAGGCCGUCACAAAGGCUGCAAAGUUCCACCUGUCCUUCCACAGCAUCCAGAUGGAGACUCCACCUCUGGUGAUAUCAGCAGCGUCGGUGCUGAAAGAACUGUGUUACAAAAACAAAGAGGAGCUGCAGGCCGGCUUCAUCACAGCAGGCUGGGACAGGAAGAAAGGACCACAGGUGUACGUCGUGUCUCUGGGCGGCAUGUUGAUCAGUCAGCCUGUUACCAUCGGGGGCUCGGGCAGCACUUUCAUCUACGGCUACGUGGACGCCAAAUACAAACCCAACAUGAGCAGAGACGAAUGCUUACAGUUUGCCACGAACGCUCUUGCUCUGGCUAUGGGCAGAGACAACGUCAGCGGGGGCGUGGCUCACCUGGUGGUAAUCACGGAAAAGGGGGUGGAGCAUGUGGUGGUACCUGGUGACAAGCUGCCCAAGUUCCACGAUGAGUGACACCUGUGAAGAACCAAUGAAAUUUAGAUUUAUUUUUUUCCAUGAUGGAGUAAUUGUUUGUUGUCCCUCAGCCACAAUUUCACUGAUGAUUUCCUGUCAGACUGCUUCUCAGCCAUGAAAAAAUAAUAAUAAAACACAUCAGGCUAGUUUAUACAAAACGAUCAUCAUUCCACUAUUAAAAACAGAAUAACUUCAUCAUAAAAUAGGAUUUUUCUCUGUCUUUUUUAAUGUGUGGAAACACAUUUUGGAGAGAGUGCAGUGCAGUGGGUGAUGACCUGAUUGAGAAUGAUUGAAAUGUUAAACAUAAUAAAAAUGUCUUCCCUCACA